AUGUGCAAGACAUUUGACCUACAAGACAAUUGUAAACCUAUACAAUUGAUAAAUAUGUCAAAUCUUGAAAAGAAAUUGAUUGAAACAGUUCAGUAUAAUUUUACGUAUCCUGAAAGCAAACCUCGGAAAGGUCUGAUUAUGUGCCCUUAUCCACACAGUUUGUAUGAUCUGAUACUUCCAAUUCUGGGCAAGACUAAGCAUCAGAUUGAUAUGCUUUAUGUGUGGACCAUGUUGAAUAUAAAUCCAGAACCAAUAAUUUUACAGUUAUUAAAAAAAUCAGCUGGCUGGCCACUACCUUCAUAUGGUGGUGUUUGCGGUAGACUGGAAGUGGUUGCUGAUGAGGGUGUAUCAUUGUCCACCCUUACCCAUGUGACGUUUCGUAAAAAACUAAUAUAUGCUCAGAAAAUACUAGAAGCUGCAAUGGAUUUUACAUAUAAACAUGAUAGAUUCCGUUUCUACCUAAUGGAUUGGUCUUUGGACAACAUAGUCGCAAACGAAGCAGAUGACAUCUCCUUUGUCGACUUAGAAGAUAUAAUCAUCUUAGAUAAACAUGUCUCCCCAGGGACAGAUCUCCCCAACUGGUACAAACGGUCCAAGCAUGAAGUCAUAGAGCCAGGGUUCUCAUUCUCAAUAGAUAAUAUGUGCACACACCAUCUCAGCGAUCAUAAUUUAUGGGCGGCGUGUCACGUUUUAGCUGGGGAUGAAGAACCCUAUUUAUACCCUUUGCCAAAAACAUUGAGCACUGUCCGACCUAAUUUUGAGAAAUUAUUAACGGAGUGUUUGAAUGGAGAUGAUCGGUUUAAAACCGUUACAAAUUUACAUCAAUAUAUUAAGAACAUGUUGGUAGAUAAAAAGCUUGAUGGCUUAGACACUGCUGUUAGCUGA